AUGUUCACCUCAGCGAGCGCGCUCAACGUCACUCGCGCGACGCUUCGACCGACAUUUCAGAAGCGCAAUUCGACGAUUCGUGUGAACCGUGUCACCAGGGCGAUCUCCGUCGACGACGUUACGGGUGCGAUCACGUCGACGGUCAAGGAGGUGCAGAGCGUGCGCGGGGCGAAGGAUGUGCUUCAACGCGUCGCCUUGUAUGGGGUCCCGCUCACGACCUCGGUGGUGACUAUCCAAGCCUUGCACUUUGGCGGCGCUGGAUUGGGCCCGGCGAUGAAGAUUGCGGGACUCGGCGCGUGCGCGGGACCACUCGCGCCGUUGGCCGCCAUCUGGCUGUUCUCCGUGGUUUCUCCGUACGUUCAAGCUAUUGCGGGCCUCGCGGGGGUCCUCCAAGUCGGUGAGGACAUCCCGGCUUGGUUCUGCGGAAUCUCGUUUGCGCUCGCCGCGUGCUCUCUUUGGCACUACGGCUCCGCCGGGUUCACGAACAUCUGGACUCGUCACUGGGUCGUGUGGCAGCUCGGUAUGGCCACGACCCUUCUCACGUCGACGAACAAGGUGAAGGAAGUCCUCGGUAGAAAGGUCGAUGGCAUCCGCAAGGUCGCCCUGAUCGGUCCCGGCUUGGUGAUGGCGGCGCUCUUCUUCCAACAACCCAGCAUGGCUGCCUUUGAAGCCGCCGGCUUCAGCGGCCCGGGCGUCCUCGGCCCCGUCGCCGCCGCCGUUCUCCACCCGCUUUGGAAGUGGUUCAUGAUGUUCGGCGGUCUGGCCUACCUCACCGACGCCGAGACCAAGUACUCGAGCCUCAUCAUCGGUCUGAGCAUGCUCAUCGUCUCCAUCUCCAUCAUGCCGCAGCUCGUGGCUCCGCUCGGACUGAUGGGUUCGUGGAUGCACCUAUACGCCGCCAUCACUCUCCUCAAGGAGGUGACCCCGGCGGACUCCCUCAUUCCGAGCGUGUGA